AACUAGCCAGUUCCCUCCAGCGGCAGAGAGCUUCAUUUUCUGAUCUGCUUUUUGUGCUAAAAUGGAGGCUGGCCUCUCGCCCUGAGUUGAUCGCCUUCCUGGUCGAAGUUUAGAUGUUGACAUGCAAUAAACCAGCAGACAGGAUGGUCGUGGACGCCCCUAACUCCAACGGGCCUUUUCAGCCGGUGGCUCUGAUGCACUUUCGAGACGUAGCCCCGGCGGAGCAGGAGAAGCUGUUCAUCCAGAAGCUCCGGCAGUGCUGCGUCCUCUUCGACUUCCUGUCCGACCCACUGAGCGACCUGAAAUGGAAGGAGGUGAAGCGCGCGGCGCUGAGCGAGAUGGUCGAGUACAUCACGCACAACCGCAACGUCAUCACGGAGCCCAUCUACCCAGAGGUGGUGCACAUGUUUGCGGUGAACAUGUUCAGAACAUUGCCUCCGUCUUCGAACCCCACCGGGGCGGAGUUCGACCCAGAAGAGGAUGAGCCAACGCUGGAGGCAGCCUGGCCUCAUCUCCAGCUUGUCUAUGAGUUUUUCCUGAGGUUUUUAGAGUCUCCCGACUUUCAGCCCAACGUAGCGAAGAAGUACAUCGACCAGAAGUUUGUGAUGCAGCUUCUAGAUCUAUUCGACAGCGAGGAUCCCAGAGAGAGAGACUUCCUGAAAACCACGCUCCACCGCAUCUACGGGAAGUUCCUUGGGCUGCGGGCCUACAUAAGGAAACAGAUCAAUAACAUUUUCUAUAAGUUUAUCUAUGAAACUGAGCAUCAUAACGGUAUUGCCGAACUACUGGAAAUACUUGGAAGCAUAAUCAAUGGCUUUGCCCUGCCACUAAAAGAAGAGCACAAGAUCUUCCUGCUGAAGGUCCUAUUGCCACUGCACAAAGUGAAGUCCCUCAGUGUCUACCAUCCCCAGCUGGCCUACUGUGUGGUACAGUUUCUGGAGAAAGACAGCACUCUCACUGAACCGGUGGUGAUGGCCCUGCUGAAGUACUGGCCCAAAACGCACAGUCCCAAGGAGGUGAUGUUCCUGAACGAGCUGGAGGAGAUCCUGGACGUGAUCGAGCCCUCUGAGUUCGUCAAGGUCCAGGAGCCCCUCUUCCGCCAGCUGGCCAAGUGCGUGUCCAGUCCGCACUUUCAGGUGGCGGAGAGGGCGCUGUACUACUGGAACAACGAGUACAUCAUGAGUCUCAUCAGCGACAACGCCGCAAAGAUCCUGCCCAUCAUGUUCCCCGCGCUGUACCGCAACUCCAAGACCCACUGGAACAAAACUAUCCACGGGUUGAUCUACAACGCGCUGAAGCUUUUCAUGGAGAUGAACCAGAAGCUGUUCGACGACUGCACCCAGCAGUUCAGAGCAGAGAAAAACAAAGAGAAGGCCAAGUCGAAAGAGCGGGAAGAGGCUUGGAUCAGGAUUGAAAACCUUGCCAAAUCAAACCCACAGUCCUGUAGCAAUGGAGACGGAGGCUCCGUCGAUAGAAGAUGUUCAGAGGUGAAGAAAGACAGUUGAGGAAGGCGCCACUCGGCUACAGCGAGCCCAGCGGACAGAGGGCCCACUGGUGAGCCGCAGGUCUGAGUUGCCUCAGGACAUCUACACCACGCAAGCCUUGGACUCCCCCCGCCGAGGCGAAGACAUGUUGACCCCCCACGACCGACUCUAGGUCCCCCCCCCCACCCCAUAACGUCAUGCCGCUCCCCCCACCGAGGCGCCCGGUAAGCCUCUGAGCCUCAAACCGCACAGCAUGCCACCCCACUGUGCCCCCCUCUCCCCAAGUCAUGUUGGCUCUGAUUGGCCAAGUAGGACUCGGGGGAGGCUGGCUCAGUUCUCCUCUUCCUGGGGGCCUCGGACCUCCUCAGCCUGUCAUGGUUAACUUCAGCACACCGCGUCUGUCUGCUGCCACCAGGAGCCUGCAGUCACUCGCUAGCAAAUAACAAGUUUGCUAAAAAAACAAAAUGGGACUGGGUAGGGGGGCGGGGGGACUGGGUUCUUCUUCCUUCCGGACACUUUUUAUUAUAUUAUAUAUUAUUUUAUUUUUGGGCGUACUUUAUUUUUCUGUCUUCGGGAUGAAUUCAGCAACUUGAAGACCAAUAGGUCCAUUUUGUGGAUUAUUUUACUUUUUCCUUCUUUUCUCGAUCCCAGCGACGUCAGUCGGUGCCAAGAAUGAUGUUUUCAUUCUUAGUUUCCAUGGUUACGACAUGUUUUACCUGGGCCAUGCCCCAACAGAAACCCCUGGUCGCAUGACGCGGCCGGGGUCAAAUGAUGCGGCCGGGGUCGCAUGACGCCUCUUGCCUUUAUUUCUUUCUUUGUCGUUGGUGUUUCAGCACAAGCUUUUCUAGGUCGGAAGACCCCAGACCCCCCCAGACCCCGGACCCUAGACACCCCCCCCCCAGACCCGUCUGGCACCUCGGGUCCCGGGAGACGGCCAGGUGAAUGUGGUCCCAUGGACAACGAGUCUCUACUGGUCUUCUUGGUUCGUGCCAUAUACCGUUCUGUAGUAUCUGUUCUUCUGUCUGCUGUCCCAGUAAAUGAGUCCUUUUCCUUUUAUUGGCCAACCAAACUUUCAUAGAACAGCAUAUGGAGAUAGUGACCGUUUCAACCUGGUACUUAUGAGUUAGCAAUAUUUAAAGAGGAACGAAACACGACAAUCUAAACUUCUGUCUCUAGCAGAAUAUUCCCUUUUCUGUUUCUUCUUAUUGGCUGAAACAGCAGCUCCUGGGGAUAAAUGUGUUUAGUUGAAAGCCAGUGAGCCCAAAAUAAUGUUUUUCUUGUUUUAAAUUGUUUUUAGUUCUGUGUUUCUAUGUCUUCUAUGAUGUUGAACAUAUGAUUAAAUGCCAUUUGUCACUGAAAUACAAUAAUGUUAUUUUGGAAGAGCUUAAGUCCGUUUUUUGCCAGACUGCGCCAACCUGUUUCAAUCCCUUCCCCCCGCUUCCCCCAAAACCUGUUCUAGAACUUUCUUGUCCCCCCCCCAAAAAACGAUUCCAGUAAGUUCUAGGCCCUCCCCCCCCCAAACCUGUUCCAGAACACUUUGGCCCC